AAUGCAGACUAUCACAGUUUCCUGUAGCUUGAUGAUAAAUUAAGCAACACUUGAAAAACCCACACGCAUCACAACCAAAUGAACCCUGCUUUUGAGUAAGUAGGCCAUGCUUUUGCAGUUGCCCUGUAACCAGGAAAGCGUUAGCAGACUUCUCUUCAGAAGACAAAAUGACUAAAACUGGAACUGGCAUAUCUUUUGAAUACAAAGUGCUACCUGUAAUCUAUAUCUUUGUAUUUUUCAUUGGUGUGUUGACAAACGGAUGGGGACUGAAAUGUUUUCUGCAGAAAUGGAAGAAGCUUGGAAACAUUCAUAUCUUCGUUCUCAACCUCGGACUUGCCAACCUUGUGUACUUGCCUGUUCUGCCUUUUUUGGCUGCCUACUACUUGAUGCGCGCCGAAUGGAUUUUCGGGGACGUCUUCUGCAAGAUAACAAGAUUCUGCUUCAACCUCAACUUGUAUGGCAGCAUUGGGUUCCUCACUUGGAUAAGUGUGUACAGGUAUCUGGCUUUGGUCCAUCCGAUGAGAGUGAAGGGAAGGAUCGGCGUCACCCACUCUGUGGCUAUCUCAGUCGUGGUAUGGUCACUGGUGAGCAUCCAAAGCCUGCCUGACAUGUUCUACGAAAAGACACCAAUGAACAAUUCUCUAAAAUGCUUUCAUACCACUUCCGGAGCUUAUGUUGAGGAUUACCUGAAGUACAGUCUUGUCUGGACAAUCACUGGAUUUUUUAUCCCUCUUCUCGUCACGCUGGGCUGCUAUGGACACGUGGCUGUUUUCAUCUGCCGUAAAGACACAAUUGAUAAGGUACUAAAAGGAAAAAGCUUGAGGCUACUGUUGACGUUGAUUCUUCUGUUUUCUGUGUGUUACAUCCCCUACCACGUUUUCAAGAACCUUUCCCUUUAUUCAAGAGUUUUGAAAAAUAAGAGGAAAAGCCCGUCGUGGGACAACACAGUUUUCAUCUCUCAUCAGAUCAGCCGUGGCCUGGUGUGUCUGAACAGUGCGCUCAACCCGCUGGUCUAUCUCCAUGUGCAUGGCGUUUCGUCUCGGUUCACACGGUGUGCCAACAGAUCGUGGACGUUUCUGUCUGGCAGAAUGUUUGUGGCACAGACUGAAGAACAAAAUUAACAAAACCCGAGGUUUGUGUGUGUGUACUUUUGCUGUAAAGUGACUGCAGUUUGUCUGUAACUGUCUGUUCCUCUCUUCAUGACGUGACAGCUGUUGGUGGUGUGUGUGAGACAAUAGGUGACUGUGACUGAUCAUGUGAGAGGUAUUGAAGCCGCUCAAGUAUUAAAAUGUAUUACAUAUAAGUAACGUGCUUUUGUUGCUUUCAUUUUGUGGUCCUGGUUUACAUUUGUGAACAUGAAAUAAAACUGAAACUGAUUAUUAUCAUUAUUAUUAUUAUUUUUUUAUUCUUAAAGGUGCAUUAAGGAGUUUUUCAUCUUUAAAAAUACUUAUUUUCCACCAUAAAUA